GGUUUUCCCAACUUUCGUUUGGGAAGCGCGUUGUCCAGAUUACGAAAGAUCACAGCAAUGUCCAUCAAGCGUCCUUCAUUAGUCCCCCAGAAGGGACCUAGUUCUUUUAAAAAACCAAGGUAGUUUCUGUACAGUAAUUUUGUGUAACAUUUAAUCCUACCACAUGUGGAUAUCGUGGUAUUUUUGAGAUAAAAAUAUUUCAGCAUUAGCAUCGAGAGUACACGUGCGUGUAACCAAACUCAUAUCUGAUGGACCUAACAUCAUGAAAACCUAAGGGUUAUUUAAUAAUUAAUACUAAUCUUGUUGACAGUAAGGUUUUCACGUCCAUUGGGAAACCCUUGCGUGGCCUUGCAAAACUUCAUCUUUCUUGAGUUCAAAAUUUUUCAUUACUAUUAUUAUUAUUUACUAGGAUUAAAGUUGGGAGUUAAAAGUUAGGGCUAGGAUUUAUAGUUGAUCUUUCAUGACGAACUAACAGUUAUGAUGUCGAAAUGCUAUUUAAUUUAACGAAUAGGUGAACUAGUCCCCAAGGUCCAAAGCUCGUUUUCUUUUAUCUGAUUGGUUCGCCCACAAACUAUUACCUCGCCUGUUUUUACUGUGCCAAAUAAUAUAGCUUGAUUUGGGUGCUCACCUCGUAAUAUGAUUCGACCUUUUUAUCUUCGAGGCUCGCACGAGGCAGUCAGUAAAAGGGUAUUUCGAAUUUCUUCUUUGCAAUGCAGUUGAACCGACGCUUUUACGGUAUUAGACCAAAUCCUAAGUUUGUUUGACAGUGAUUUUGGUUGGGUGGCGUUCCAUAAGUACUAUGCAUACCAUCCGUUUAUCGCGUGACUGAUGAUCAGUAGUAAAAGUGAUGCAUCAAAUCCAGGUUUGUCAAGUAAAUAAAUACAGUUACUUAAGCUGUAACCUGAUCAACGUGUCAUUGUGUGACAAGUCACAAAUUUGUUGGUUUAUAGGCUUUCUAAAGCUAUGAAUAAUUAUAUCAAGAUGAAUUGUACAGACUAAUAUCAGUGUGAUAGUAAGAUUCAGUUCGUAUUAACUGCAAUGUACAUUUCUCUUCGACCAGAGGUAACCACGAUGAUACCCCAGAGCCCUCAAAGUUCGAGCAGGAACUAAUGUUGUUGGAUGACAUCGAAACUGAAGAUAUAGCUUUGGUGGACGAAAGUUCUGCUUUGUCUCAUCUAGACUUUCUAACGAAUUCGCAUUGGCCAAGACGUAGGUUGGAGAAGUUGGAUCCAAAUAAGGACAGUAUUAUUUUCCAGCAGUUUGAUGUGUCACAUUAUAAAGUUAGUUUAAAAAAACAUGUUUUAUUGUACUCCAAACAUACCUCUAUGGAGUCCAAGAGUUGAAAUUAUUGUAAAUAGUUUGAUUUAUUAGGCGAUUUUAAUUUAUACUUUGUACGUUCAUACCACCGGUCAGUUAACACAUCACUCAUCAAAUCACUAUAUUACUUGAACAGAAGACAAUUUUCAUGCUGUUUGUAUUGUUUUUCAUAUCAUUUAAGCUUGAUAGAUUAUUUCUUUAUUGCCUUCAUCAAUUGGUGUUAUGAAUAGCUUUAAUUACUUUCUUCGAUUCAGUUAUUCAGUAGUUAUAUGCGACUCGUCUGCAAUCUUUAGUGUUGAGGAUUUGCAUCUGUAUAAUGUUUUCUUCGCUUCUCAUUGUCUUUUAGAUGUUUAAAUGAAAUACUUUGCUUAGUAACUGUCAUUUCAGUGAUAUGUAGUAUAAAUUAAGCCUUUCUGAGUUUUAUACUUGUUGGCAGUCAUUUACCGUUAUGACCUUGAUUUUCUGCCCAUUACUCUGUAUGUACUACAAAGAGUUCGUCUCAAACUAGGUUUAGGGAUUGGUAUGCUAGGUCACGUAGCAAAACCUCGAGACCCGUAACUCAUGAGCUUCAUUUAUGACUGAAAGGCCUUGAGGGUAGAGAGAAUAAUUAUCGUACAACUGAUUAGUUGGCAAGCGGCAAAAAAAGACGAUUUAGCAGGAACUAUUGGAAUGAAUAAUAAUACAACUCAGUAAGUUGAUGGGAAUUCAGGGUAUUCAACAAUGUUACAAUUCCACGUAACAAACUCGGAGUCACUUCGAUGCAUUGAGUAGAUUUGAAUUCCAACUGUCGAGUUGUAAGCAAGAAAUUCAAGUUAUCUAUUUCUUUAUUGACAUCCAUGUCCUCUCACUAACUCUUGUACAAACAGUGCGAUUCAGAAACUACCCAUCACACAUGUUUUAUUUUGAUCAAUCACUAUAAUCUGAGCAGGUCUGUAAUUUAGAGGCUAGACCACCUUGGGUUGGAAAUCUUUUUUCUACAUCUGCGUUACUUCCUUUCGCCUUAUAAAAAUUCAUCUUACCAUAGUGAAUUAAAGAUAGAUGUUUCAGGUCUAGAUGGUUGUGUUCAUUCCUGAGGGUAUGUAACGACAUUAAUCUGUGGUCAAACUUAAAAUGUACACCUCAAUAUUUUUUUACAUGUUAAUUUAUACAGUUCGAUAACUUGAUAUGUAUUUACUUUCAUAGUCCCGGGUUUCUGUUUCAUCCAUUGAGAGCUAUACGUUAUAUUUUAUAUGCAGCUUGUGUAUCUGCUCAGUGCACGAAAGUUAACAAAGCCUUCUAGGAAGCUGAUGGCUCAUCUGGAUAGUGUUAUUUUCUAGCGGCACACAUGCCAAAGUACAAUGUUUUCGGUGUGAAAUGAUGUGAUUCAGAAAUCCCGGCACUUGUGAAACAUUAAUCCGAUAAUACGAUAGAGUGGUGGACUAGAAUGCUUGCCAUUGAUCAUUCAUCCUAAUUCACACUAUUCCCGAUAUUUUCCAGGUACCUCGAGUUAGGAGCCGAAUCUUAAUUGGGGCUUGGUUACUUUUCACUUAUUCAAUUUUCAGUUUCUAUUUCAUCUACUUAUAGUGCCCUACCUCAUUUCUACAUAUAUAUUAUAUUACUUAAAAAUACACUGUUCUCCAUUAUGUUUACGAAGUUGAUUCGCUUAAUGUAAUUUGACAAGAAUUGUAACAAUAAGCAGCGUACAGUUUAUCCUAGAACCUUACCUCGACGGUCAAAAUUACCCAUAGAAUUUUCACAAAUUACUUUUCAUCAAGAUAUAUUACUGUAAUAAAAACAAUUUGAAUUAUAUUGUCCCUUUCUACCCUUGCCAAGUAUUCACCAUUAGAUAAAUAGUCCUAGAGUAGGAAAUAAUUUUCCAAGUCAUAUACUGUUUUCAUACAUGCUCCACUGUGUCUGGAACUUACAAAAUGUUCUGUAUUUAUGCAUAGUUGGUGUGUUAUUCAGUCGAUUUAACAAAUAAUAUUAUUAGUUAGUUGUUAAGAAACAGGUGAGACAUAUUUCCUUAAUAAAUGGUUUUGAAGUUCACAUAGAUUUCGAAUAAAUUUAACGAUUGAUGCUCUUGUUUUCAAACAAUUAAUUUAAAGAGUAUUAUUGACUGAUCUAUUUUCUUUAAGCGUAUUUAGAUCGUAAUUUUAAAUUGACUGGAGCGAUUAAUAAAUACGUUACUCAUCCCUGACCAUCCAUAUGGAAUGUCGUUUGACAAUGGAAAUAUUUCUUGUUCUAUGAUAAUCUGUUGUGUUCAUGAAUGAAGUCUUUUCUUUCAUGUUAAACUCGUUUUGUAUUGCAUGCAACUAAUACGGAUUUGCGUAAUUUUCUUCUGUACUGAGAAAACUAUUUCACAAGGUUGUAAUGAUUUAUUUUGUUUUCCAGGGUGAACAUCUAACUGGUAUGCCUGGUGCUACUCAAGGUCCUGUACCAAUUAUACGUUUGUUCGGUAUAACUGAAAAGGGUCAUAGUGUAUGUGCGCAUGUGCAUGGUUUUCUACCAUAUUUCUAUGUACCAGCACCGAAAGAUUUUUCAACGGAUCAUUUGAAUGCUUUUCGUGAAGCCUUAAAUUCUAUGUUAUUAAAAGAGAAGUCAAAAGAGUUUGAAGGAUUACAACAUCUCGUACUUAGAGUUACAUGUGAAGAGAAACGAAAUGUAUAUGGUUUUCAUGGAAAUCGUAGUCUACCAUUUCUUCGUAUUACUUUGGCAUUGCCACGUUUAAUUGCACCAGCUAAACGUAUAUUAGACAAUGGUUUAUCAUUUGCUGAUUAUUCAUUACAGCCAUAUCCUGCUUUUGAAGCGAAUAUUGACUUUGAAAUACGUUUCAUGACUGAUACACAAAUGACUGGAUGUAGUUGGGUUGAAGCACCAGCACAGAAAUAUCAUUUGAGAGAUUCUACAAAGAAAUCGGAUGAUGUGAAAAAAUCCAUAAAUCAAAAAUCAAAUCAUUCUGUUAAUUCUUCAACGACCCCUACUACAAAUGGUUAUAGCAGUGUUACAAAAAAUGGUGUUAAUGAUCACUCGACAUUGUUAACUAGUCAAACAAGAUGUCAAAUUGAGUUUGAUAUAGCAUGGGAUGCUUUGAUUGUUCAUUCACCUGAAGGUCAAUGGAGUAAUAUCGCACCAUUACGUGUACUAAGUUUUGAUAUUGAAUGUGCCAGUCGUAAAGGUGUAUUCCCUGUACCCGAUAAAGAUCCAGUUAUACAAAUUGCUAAUAUGGUUACUAACUAUGGGGAAACAACACCAUUUAUACGUAAUGUAUUCACCUUGAAUACAUGUGCACCAAUUGUUGGUUCACAAGUUAUUUGCCAUCAAACGGAAGAAGAACUGUUAGCUAAUUGGUCAGUGUUUGUGCGUGAAGUUGAUCCAGAUAUAAUCACUGGUUAUAAUAUACAAAAUUUCGAUCUACCUUAUCUUAUUAAUCGUGCUAACACCUUAAAAGUUGAUGGUUUUGAAUUUCUUGGUCGUAUACGUGGCGCACGUUCUACAAUACGGGAAGCUAUGACUCAAUCAAAACAAAUGGGUCGUAGAGAGAAUAAAUUUGUAAAUAUUGACGGACGUGUACAGUUUGAUUUAUUACAGAUAUUAUUUCGUGAUUAUAAACUUCGAAGUUAUACAUUGAAUGCAGUGAGUUAUCAUUUUCUUGAAGAGCAAAAAGAAGAUGUACAUCAUAAUGUCAUUACUGACUUACAAAAUGGUGAUGCUCAAACACGAAGACGUUUAGCUGUUUAUUGUUUAAAAGAUGCUUAUUUACCAUUACGUUUAUUAGAUAAAUUAAUGUGCAUUGUAAAUAAUAUUGAAAUGGCUCGGGUUACUGGUGUACCAUUAACAUACCUACUUACACGGGGUCAACAAGUCAAGGUAGUGUCUCAGUUAUUGCGUAAAGCCCAUGAACAUGGUUAUUUAUUGCCAACAUAUCAGUCACAACAGGGUGAUGAAUUCGUCGGUGCAACAGUACUGGAACCACGCAAAGGUUUUUAUAAUGAACCGAUAGCUACAUUAGAUUUUGCUAGCCUAUAUCCAAGUAUAAUGAUGGCUCAUAAUCUAUGUUAUACAACUUUGUUACAAGUGAAUACAACACCACAUGGUUCAACGGGCGGUGGUAUUCAAGCACUUGUUCAACGUUAUAAUUUAACUGAUGAAGAUUACAUUAAAACACCGACUGGAGCGUAUUUUGUUAAAUCACAUAUCUGUCAUGGUAUUUUACCGGAAAUUUUACAACAGCUUUUAAGUGCCAGAAAAAAAGCUAAAGCUGAACUUGCUCAAGAAACUGAUCCAUUACGUAAACGUGUUUUAGAUGGACGUCAAUUAGCAUUAAAAAUUAGCGCUAAUUCUGUUUAUGGAUUUACUGGCGCACAAGUUGGUAAAUUGCCUUGUUUAGAAAUAUCCGCUUCUGUUACAUCAUUUGGACGUUUAAUGAUUGAACAAACAAAAUUACAUGUUGAAAGUAAAUUCAAUAUUGCUAAUGGUUAUAAACAUGAUGCUGUGGUUAUUUAUGGUGAUACAGAUUCAGUGAUGUGUAAAUUUGGUGUAUCCACAGUAACGGAAGCUAUGGAAUUAGGUCGUAAAGCCGCCGAAAUUAUAUCUGAAGAAUUUCCUAAACCAAUUCGAUUAGAAUUCGAAAAGGUUUAUUGUCCAUAUUUAUUAAUCAAUAAAAAACGUUAUGCUGGUUUGUAUUUUACAAAACCAGAUCGACACGAUAAAAUGGAUUGUAAAGGUAUUGAAACUGUACGUCGUGAUAAUAGUCCAUUGGUGGCUAAUUUAAUCAAUGCAUGUUUAGAGCGUAUAUUGAUUGAUCGUGAUCCAAACGCAGCGAUUAAUUAUGCCCAAUCAGUGAUCUCAGAUUUAUUAUGCAAUCGUAUUGACAUUUCACAAUUAGUUAUUAGUAAAGAAUUAACAAAAACCGAUGAAGAAUACACUGGUAAACAAGCUCAUGUAGAAUUAGCUGCAAAAAUGCGUAAACGUGAUCCAGGCUCAGCACCAAAUUUAGGCGAUCGUGUACCUUAUGUAAUUACUGCUGUAGGUGGGAAAAAUACAGCAGCUUAUGCAAAAGCUGAAGAUCCCCUCUAUGUAUUAGAACAUAAUGUACCGAUUGAUACAAAGUAUUAUUUGGAAAAUCAAUUAGCUAACCCUUUACUACGUAUAUUUGAACCAAUUUUAGGUGAAGUGAAAGCAAAGUCUGUACUGUUAAAUGGCGAACAUACACGUGUAAAAGCUGUGGUACACUCUACUGUUGGACAAUUAUCAGCUUUUACAAAAGUACGUGCAUCAUGUAUUGGAUGUAGAACAUUAUUACCUGCUGAUAAAACAGACGCAGCUUUAUGUAAAUAUUGUGAAUCACGUGCAUCAGAAAUUUAUCAAAAAGAAAUUGUACAGUUAAAUUUAUUAGAGAAAAAAUUCACUUCUUUAUGGACAGAAUGUCAACGUUGUCAACAAAGUAUACAUGAAGAAGUUAUAUGUACCAGUCGAGAUUGUCCAAUUUUUUAUAUGCGAAUGAAAUCACGUAAAGAUGUUGAUGAAGCAUAUAAAACAAUUCAACGUUUUGGUAAUCCAAAUUGGUAAAUCAAUAAAAAAAAAUAAGGAGUCACAUUUAUUGAAUCAGUCUAAUCCAUUUUAGAAAACAAACAACAAGUAUAUUCUUUAAAGAUCAUUUUAUCCGUAACAUUAUCUCUCAGGUUUUGUUUAGUUCUCUCUUUAUUCCAGAGUUCAAAUCUUUUUUUUUAUUAUAUUUUCUGUUAUAAAGAUUAUUUUUUUUUGUAUUUUGAAAAGUGCAUUUCCAAAUUAUUGUACUUCACAUUUUCAUUGUUUAACAUAUUUUUUUCUUUAUUG